AUGUCUCGUUCUCCUUCUUUAUCAUCUACGUCACCUUCAGUUGACGUUCAAAUUAAUCCUCUUUUGACACGUCGUCAGCGUACAUUGUCACAGUGUGAGCGUGCUCUACACUAUCCAUCGCAUGAAGGUAUAAUUCAAGAAUUUUGUCGUGAAAAAGGUCAUGGUUAUAUUAAACCUCGAGAUAAUUCAGAUAAUAUUUUUGUUCAUGUGUCUGACAUUGAAGAUGAUUAUGUACCAAAAGCCGGUGAUAUUGUUUCAUACAAGAAAAUAUUAAUGCCACCUAAAAAUGAAAAAUAUCAAGCAAUUCAUGUUCGUUUUCUACAACUAUCAGAUGGUGUUAAACAUGAAUCUUGGGAAGAAGCUGUUCAAGAUGAUGUUAAUCAUCGUCGUUCAAGUGUACACGAUGGAUUACCAUCCCCGUCUCACAGUGAUCAAACAGCUGCAAAUGAAGAUCAUAUUCAUCAUAAACAUUUAAAUUGUGAUUUAUCAUUAUUGACUAUAAAUGGAUCCGGUGGACAAAAGCGUGGCGAUGGAGCUGGAGAUAAAGAAAAAAAGAAAUAUGAACCACCAAUUCCGACACGUAUUGGUAAACGAAAAAAACGUGUUAAAGGUCCAGAAGCGGCUAAUAAACUACCACAAGUACUACCAUAUACUCGAUGUCGUUUAAAACAAUUACGUUUUGAACGAAUUAAAGAUUAUUUAUUAUUAGAAGAAGAAUUUAUUAAAAAUCAAGAACGUUUAAAACCACAGGAAGAUCGACAUGAAGAAGAACGAUCAAAAGUUGAUGAUAUUCGUGGUAGUCCAAUGGCAGUGGGUACAUUAGAAGAAAUAAUUGAUGAUAAUCAUGCUAUUGUAUCAACAUCGGUUGGUUCGGAACACUAUGUUACGAUAAUGUCAUUUGUUGAUAAAGAUCAACUUGAGCCUGGAUGUACUGUUCAUGCUGUAAUCGGUGUCUUAGGUGAUGAUGUUGAUCCGAUGGUUGCUGUUAUGAAAUUAGAAAAAGCACCAAAAGAAACAUAUGCUGAUAUCGGUGGACUUACACAACAAAUUCAAGAGAUUAAAGAAGCUGUUGAAUUACCGUUAACACAUCCAGAAUAUUACGAAGAAAUGGGUAUUAAGCCUCCAAAAGGUGUUAUCCUCUACGGACAGCCAGGAACAGGCAAAACUCUGUUGGCAAAAGCUGUUGCAAAUCAAACAUCGGCCACAUUUUUACGUGUUGUCGGUUCAGAAUUAAUUCAGAAAUAUUUAGGUGACGGUCCAAAACUUGUUCGUGAAUUAUUUCGUGUUGCCGAAGAGUACGCACCAUCAAUUGUAUUUAUUGACGAAAUCGAUGCCAUUGGAACAAAACGUUAUGAAUCAAAUUCAGGUGGUGAACGUGAAAUUCAACGUACUAUGUUAGAAUUAUUGAAUCAAUUGGAUGGAUUUGAUUCACGUGGCGAUGUUAAAGUUAUAAUGGCAACAAAUCGUAUUGACAGUCUUGAUCCAGCAUUAAUUCGACCUGGUCGUAUUGAUCGUAAAAUUGAGUUUCCACUACCAGAUGAAAAAACACGUCGAAUGAUUUUUAAAAUACAUACCGGUAGAAUGACAUUGGCUGAUGAUGUAAAUUUAGAAGAAUUAAUUAUGGCUAAAGAUGAUUUGUCGGGCGCCGAUAUCAAAGCUAUUUGUACCGAAUCUGGUUUAAUGGCAUUACGUGAACGUCGUAUGAAAGUAACAAACGAAGAUUUUCGUAAAAUUCGAACUACUUUAACAUUGAAAGAACUUCGUCGACCUAGUGAAUCGUCUACAAAUGUUGAUGUGAGAAGUCGACAUUGUCCUUAUUUAGAUACAAUUAAUCGAAGUAUUCUUGAUUUUGAUUUUGAAAAACUAUGCUCAAUUACAUUGUCAAAUAAUAAUGUUUAUGCAUGUUUAGUAUGUGCAAAAUAUUUUCAAGGUCGUGGACAAAAAUCGUACGCUUAUACUCAUAGUGUUGAAACUGAUCAUCAUGUUUUUAUUAAUUUACAUACAUUACAAUUUUAUUGUUUGCCCGAUAAUUAUGAAAUAAUCGAUUCAUCACUAGAUGAUAUCAAGUAUGUUCUAGAUCCAACGUAUACAAAAGAACAUAUUCAACAAUUGGAUAAAAAUGCAAAAUUAGUUCGUGCCUAUGAUGGAACAUUAUAUUUGCCUGGCAUUGUUGGUCUUAAUAAUAUAAAAGCAAAUGAUUAUUGUAAUGUUAUUUUGCAAGCAUUGAUCAAUGUUAGUCCACUACGUAAUUUUUUUCUUGAAGAGGAAAAUUAUGCAAAUAUUAGAGUUGCACCAGGAGAUAUUAUGGUCAAUUUGGUCAAACGUUUUGGCGAAUUAGUGAGAAAAUUAUGGAAUCCUAAGAACUUUAAAGCGCACGUUUCGCCACAUGAGAUGUUACAAGCAGUUGUCAAAUGUAGUAAAAAGAAAUUUCAAAUAACGCAACAGGGUGAUCCAGUUGAAUUUUUGGCAUGGUUUCUAAAUAGUUUACAUUUAACAUUGAAUGGAACAAAAAAUCCAAAUAGUAGUAUUAUUUAUAAAGCGUUUCAAGGAAAAAUGAAAGUUUACACGAGAAAAAUACCGCCCAUUGAUUUGAGUGAAGAUGAAAAACGAAAACUAUUGGUCACAGAAGAAUAUUAUGAAUAUGAUGAAGAAACGCCGUAUUUGUUUCUAUCAGUUGAUUUACCACCACCACCAUUAUUUCGUGAUGAAACAAAAGAAAGUAUUAUUCCACAAGUACCAUUAUUUCAAAUAUUAACAAAAUUUGAUGGACAAACGGCUAGAGAAUAUAAAACAUAUAAAGAAAAUUUUUUAAAACGUUAUGAAAUAACAAAAUUACCAUUAUAUUUAAUUAUGUGCUUUAGGCGCUUUACAAAAAAUACGUUUUAUUUGGAAAAAAAUCCAACAAUAGUUAAUUUUCCAAUCAAAAAUGUUGAUCUUCGAGAUUUGUUAUCUCCAGAUGUAGUGACAGCAGAAGCUACAGAAAAUACGUCAACAGUCUAUGAUUUGAUAUCAAAUGUUGUUCAUGAUGGUGAACCAGGAAAAGGCACAUACCGUGUUCAUGUUCUACACAAAGGUACUGGUACUUGGUAUGAAAUGCAAGAUCUUCAUGUCAUUGAUGUAUUACCUCAAAUGAUUACGCUGAGUGAAUCUUAUGUCCAAAUAUGGGAAAGACGAGAUGUGGACAACGUGCUCAAAGAUAAUUCAACAUAA